AUAUUUCUGACAAUAUUUUAGAAUAAAAAUGGCCGAAUCCAUAUUUAUGGAUGUGAAGCCAGUAUACCUGGAUUAUAAUGCUACUACUCCACUAGCUCCGGAGGUUAGGUCAGCUAUAGUUGACAGUUUGGAUAAUUGGGGAAAUCCUAGCUCCGCACACUAUUUAGGUGUUCAAGCAAAAAAAGCGAUAGAAAAGGCCAGAGGCCAGGUUGCUUCUAUGAUAGGUGCUAAGAGCAGUGAAAUAACCUUUACAUCAGGAGGAACAGAAUCCAACCAUUUGGCAAUUUGGACUGCAAUACAUCAUUUUAGGGAAAGGAGUAAAAAGACCCCUCAAAUCAUCACAACUAACAUAGAACAUUCAGCAAUUUUGGAGCCAUUAAGAAAGCUUGAAAAUGAAGGAGUAUGCCAAGUGGACUAUGUACCGGUUGUUAAAGGUACAGGUCGGGUGAGUGUAGCUGAGCUGGUCAGUACAGUAACUGAUUGUACAUGUCUGGUCACUGUUAUGAUGGCCAACAAUGAAACAGGAAUAAUUCAGCCGGUCAAACAAAUUUUCAGAGAGAUUACUGCGCUAAACAUGACACGAAAUAUUCCUAUUCUUGUUCAUACAGAUGCUGCUCAAACAAUUGGCAAGCUUGAUGUUAAUGUUGAUGAUCUUCAGGCAGAUCUUUUGACAAUUGUUGGACACAAGUUUUAUGGUCCUCGUAUUGGAGCUUUGUAUCAUAGAGGCUCAGAUAAAUGGAAGGUUUCUCCUCUCUUAUUGGGUGGAGGACAAGAAUAUGGUCUUAGAGCUGGAACAGAGAACACACCAAUGAUUGUGGGCAUAGGACAAGCUGCUGAACUGGUUAACACAAAUUUAGAUGUUUACACAAAUCAUAUGAGGAAAAUGAGGGACUAUUUGAGAGAUGGACUGAUAAGAAAAUUUAACCUAGUUCUGGAGGAUACUGGAACUUUAGAUCUUGGACAGGUUCUCUGGAGAUAUGUUGACAUAAACAUGCUACCCAACACUCUUAGUGUUAGAUUUGGAGGAACCACAGGAUCUAGUAUCCUGCAUCAACUAAACCAUAUUCUCAUUGCAUCAACAGGAGCAGCUUGCCAUUCUGGAGAUAAAGUAUCUCAAACUCUUUUAAACUCCUGGAAUUGGGAAGAAGAGGGAGCAAGACAAACUUUAAGGUUAAGUGUGGGACGAGAAACAAGCAAGGAGCAACUAGAUUUGGUUCUUGAUGCCCUGGAAUCUAUUUCACGGUGAUCCAGAUGUUAGGGAACUUUAAUUUUAAACCCAUUUUUAUUUGUGGGGCUACAAGUUUUUAUAUUUUUUUUAAAUAUAGUAUAUUAUGAUUUUUUAAUGGCAUUUGAAGUGUACUCCGCAGUGGCUCUCUUUGGUUUUCAAAUGAACAUUCAGUUAGCAAUAGAGGUGUAUAUUUUCUUGAAUUUUUCUCCUAGAUGCAUUUUUGAAUAUGAAUAAUAUUUUUCAAAGGUUAUUUGCUGAAUUGGUGAAAAUAAAUGUGUGUGUUCUCUCAGAGUAACAUAAAUGUA